AAAAAAAAGAAGCAGUCACCUGAAGCUUCAAAAUGAGUGCUCCACUAAUUCCAAACAAGUCAUGUUAUUCCCAGCUUCAGGACAACCGCAGUGAAAUAAGAAACAAUAAUGAAAGCAUUGUGAAUGUUGGGGAUACCAAUGCCAACCAAAUUGUAACAAAAGUUAGAGCCACUGACGGGGAUGUUAAGAAACAUGAUAUGACAGAUGAGAGUGGGAAUACAUACUGUGGAGGAACAGAGAAAGUGACUCAUCUGCCUACAGAGCAGAAUAAACUUCUGACCUUCAAAGACUCUCGAACCUGUCACAGCAGUGCACAGGAAAGUAAGCUGCCCUCCACCACAAGCAGGGAAAUGGGGAAAGACUGUAGGACCAGCGAAGCUAAGGAUAUAUCAAGGCAUAUCAGGAUUAGCCGAGGACAAAGUCUGUCCAAUUUAAAAAGUAGCACAAAUGAUGCCAGCCUGGAGGUUGUCUCCAAAGGUGAAAUUGACUUCACCCAGAACUUUCCUAAGGGAAAAAUGUCCAGGACUGUGGAGGUGGAGAGAAUAAAAAGGCUUUCCUUGGGAAGACCGAGUAAAUUUUCUCCUCAGCCUGAAACAUUUGCAAAAGACGGCGUUGGCCGCGUGUCGUGUAAACGUCUGCUUUCUGCAUCAUUGGAUUCCAUCGACAGGUCUCACCACUUGGUAGGAAGUACAGAGAAAUCCCAAAAAACAUCCACAGAUCAUUUUCUUGGGAUGGUGUUUCGUCCGCUUGACAAUACCUCAGAGGAAAAUACUGUAUUUUAUUCCAAACCAUCUACCUCAGGGAACAAGAAAACAAGUAAACCAGAAAAUGUACCAAAUGUUAGCAUUGAAAGCACACUGCAUACUUCUCAUUCUCAGCAUUCAACUGUUAAGCUCAAUGAGGUUGCUAGUAAAUCAGAAGCACAAUUAGGUCAGGGUGAUAAAAGUAAAAAACUGGAGAUUCGGACUGCACCAUCUCUACAAUAUAAAAAUACGUGUCCACAAAAGAUAGAGAGAAUUAUGCUGGUAGAGUUCCUGGGGUGUCCAAGAGCUGAAAAUACAGCAGUGCAGGAACAGAAAAGCUCUGGGUCUGACACGUCAAAAUCUCAAAUAUCCCAUUUUCAAGACACUUGUAAUAGAGUAGAGGACCCAUUUUCAAACCAGGUAGUAACUCAUCCUGAUGAUAAGUUACAAAACGAUAACGUCACCAUCAGUGGGGAAGGGAGAGGAAGCAGUGACAGUGACAGCAGGGCAAUCAGCCAGGCUGGUGAGGAAUAUUUUACUGAUGAGGAAAUGGAAACAAUAUUUCCACUCACUUGCAGUAGUAAAUUCAGCAUCAAAGUGACAUCGAGAAAAAACAAAAAUUUGCAUGAAGUUGACACAGGUUGCGCUGAAACAGUUGGUGAACAGAUACCUUCUUUACAUGAUAUUAAUCCACCUGACAGCAAGCCCUUGAAAGCCAAUGAGGAUAAACUGAUGCUAGUCAAAGAAAACACUGAGGAUGCUGUUGUGCCUGCUUCUGAUCCCUCAGAUCAUCACGGAGCGCGCAGUGCAGAGACAGUGUCAAACCAACAACCUGACACUCACAGCAGCAAUGGGGAAACCUCAAAUGUUUCAGUUUCAAGUAAAGAAAUGGCUAAUGUACAGAAACAUCCUCCAGGGGAAGCACCAGCGAGCUGUAACAUUCCAGCAAAGGCUGACAUCUCUUUAUGUGUCCCAACUCCCGCGAGCCCAGUGCCAACGCCGGAUGUUAAUGGUCAGCCCACGCUACCAAACACUAAUUUGAAGGAACUUUAUGCACUUCAUGAUGACAAAUCGUCACCCUCCUCAGUCCUACCUCCCACUGACAGCACACAGUUGUUAAGCAUAUCCCCUAAAGUGCCUCUCAAGGCUGCUUGCAGCAGCGCCAUCCCAAAACCCAUCCUGGUGCACCCCAAGGGCUCCCUGACGGAUAAGGCCGGUGCGGACAGCGACUGCAGCAAAAAGCUGGAAGAAGGCGCUGAGAUGAAACCCGCCAUCCCCCGGCCCAAGCCUGUGAGGCCCAAAAUCAUCACGUACAUCAGGAGGAGCCCCCGCUCGAUGGAGCAGCUGGAGCCUCUGUUCGCGCCGGCGGGGCUGCCCUUCGACGGCGCCGCCUGCAGCGUGCCCAUCCCUGCCGAGCAGAAGGCGCCCGGCGCGGGCGACGCAAAGCCCCCCAGCAUCCUGUACGACAAACUCAAACCCGACCUCCAGAAGCCAAGGCUCUUCGGGUCUGGACUAGUAGUGUCAGGAAUUAGGCCCCCAGGUCAUCACUUCGGUCCGAUGAGCGAGAAGUUUCUGCAGGAGGUUGGGGAAAGGCCUGCGAAGGAUGAAUUUUGCCCUGCACCGUACACUCACUACGAGGUGCCACCAAGCUUUUAUCGAUCUGCCAUGAUCCUGAAGCCACAGUUAGGACUGGGGGCAGUGUCCAGGCUGCCAUCUGCCAAGAGCAGGAUUCUCAUUGCGAGUCAGAGAUCCUCAGGGAGCUGUCUCCAUCAGCAAGGAGAAAUAACGAGUGCUCCCAGCCUCUACCAUCCUGAUGCUUCAGUUGAUCUUAAGAAAGGAUCAUGUCCAAGUGCAGCAAAAUCAAACCUCCCCAAGCCCUGCCCGUCUGGACUUCGUCCCCCAGGUUAUUCCCGGUUGCCAGCAGCUAAGCUUGCUGCAUUUGGUUUUGUCAGGAGCUCAAGUGUGUCCUCUGUCUCCAGCAACCAGUCAAACGACAGCGCUCAGAGUGACCAGAGCAGGACAACUAACCGUUCCAGCUUUGGAAAUGAAGAGCAGAGCACCCCUAGGGCACCUGCACCUUCUAAGGAUGCUCCCAAGGGGGGCAGCAAAAGCACAACGCAGGUGUCGAGCAGCACAGCGACCCCACGCAGGAGCUUACUGCCGGCACCGAAAACUGCCACAGCACCCGCUGGUGUGAAGAAAGAAGUACAAAAAGAUCAGGAUUCUAGCAGACCAGCUGUCUCAUCCCCUAAGAAAUCAGCAGUGACAGCCACAAAACUCCAUUCACCAGGACAUCCCAAGCAAAGGCCAGCCACCCCAAAGAAUGGAUUGUCCCCCAAACCAGGAGAGGGGCGAGAGGCUGAAAAGCAGUUCAUUCAGAAACUGAAGGAGAAGUGUGAUGAGCAGUCCCGGCAAUUAAUCAAUAUCCAAGAGGAGCUUAAAAGGGCCAGCUGUGGCUUUGAUGUCUUUGCUGUAACAACACAGUACUUUUUCAGGCAGAAUGAAAAUGCCCUUGUGAAAAUAAAGGAGUUAGGAGUCGAGCUUGCAAAGAUCAGGGAGGAAGUUGAGCUCAGCACGGCGAGAUGGAAGCAGCUGCUGGGCGAGAAGGAGGCGCUGGAGCAGCGCUGGCAGCAGGAGGGGGAGCGGCUGCGGCGGCAGCAGCAGGGGGAGCUGCGGGCGCUGGAGCGGCGGCUGCAGCAGGAGCACAGCGCCAACCGGGAGAGCCUGCAGGAGCAGCACAGGCUGCAGCUGGAGCAAGCCAGGCUGCAGCACCAGGAGCAGGUGGAAGAUCUCACAGCUGUACAUGAAGCUGCAAUGUCACAGCUGGAAAAUAACCACAUAGUGGCCAUUACAGUGCUGCAGGAUGAGAAUGACUGCAAGAUUCAAGAACUGAAUACUGCUCACCAGCUGGAAAAGGCACAACUAGAAGAGACUUUUGAGAAGCUGCGUCUGUCCCUGCAGGACCAGAUAGACACCCUGACCUUCCAGAAUCAAUCUCUUAAGGCCAAAGCAGACCGGUUUGAAGAGGCUCUGAAGAAAAACACUGAGGAACAGCUGAAGAUUGUGCGAGCUCCGUAUCUGCACUUAGAAAAAGAUUUGAAGAGUUUAAAACAUGUUCUGGAAAUGAAGAACCUCCAGAUUCACCAACAGGAGAAGAUGAUUAUGGAGCUAGAAAAACAGGUUGAAAAAAAUUUAAAACUGGAAGAAAAAAUCACUAUGCUGCAACAGCAGAAUGAAGAACUCAGAGCCAGGAUUGAGCAAAAUACUGUCAUAACAAGGCAACUGUCAGAGGAGAAUGCAAAUCUCCAAGAAUACGUUGAGAAGGAAGUGGAGGAGAAGAAGAAGCUCAGCAGGACUAACGAGGAGCUCCUCUGGAAGCUGCAGGAGGGAGAUGCCGUGAGCCCUGUCAAACUCCCACCCGCACCAUCCACUCCUUUUUAUCGCUGCUCUUCAGGGAACUCCUCUCCAGCUAAAGUCAGAACCUUGAGGCGAUGAAUCAACAGCUGUGUGCCAGCCGAAGGUUCCCUGCCUUUUGUGCAUUUCCAACCUGCAAAUUGUUACCAUCCAAGGAAGCACUACCAUUAACAGGCGCCCAGGGUUCAUGGCUGCAAGCAUGUUCAGCAGCUGCACAGCUUUACACUAGGCAGGGUACUCCUACAGUCCCCACAUGGAAACUCUUGGUUCUGACACGUUGAUUAGGGUGGCAGAAAAGAUAGCCAAGAACUAGAACAGCAGAAAGUUAGGAUAGCAAAAGGUUUAGUUUGAUGUGUGAAUAUUUUAAUUAUGGUUAGAGCCAAAAGCUGGGAAAUGCUCUAUUAGUGGUUCAUCAGAAUGAACUUUUGCUGCAGUAUUUCAGGUUAGUUACAAAUAUAGCUCAAGUUGUGAAUAUUUCUCUAUUUAUAUGUGUCUGUGUUUAUAUACAUGUAUGUAUUGUACCUUUAUACCUAUAUAUAGACGCACACACAUAUAUAUGUAGUUGCAGAUGUUCUGAAUUACAUUUUUUAUAUUAUUGGAUACUACUAAGUGCUGAUAUAUUUUCAUUACAGUCAGCAGUUUUCUAACUCGUGCCUAAGACUUGUAUCUAAACAAAAAGCAUUUCUGUUUAGCCUCCCAGGAAUAUUUAUACCCAAUGCAGAAGAAAGUUACACAGAAGUAGAAGCGCCUUCCAAGUGACCACCAAGUGGUAACUGUAACGUGAACACCAGCGAAUCUGAAAUUCUAAGACAGUACUGCCUUCGAAACCCUCACCUUUGCAUUGAACACCAGAAAAGAUAUGCAUACCAUCCACUGCUUUUUAACUCUAAGCAUUGAUAUUGUAAGUGGAGAUAGGCUAGAGAUGAGAAAACUGAGAGUUUUAGCGAAUUCGGUAGAGGUUACUGGUUAACAUGGUUCAAUUUUAGUGUCUUUAUUUCAAUCUUAGUACAAUUUCAUCUUGUUUUACCUUGUCGUGGUUAGGAUGCAAUCAAAAUCUCUGGCUCUAGGUUUCUGUCCAUUUUGUUUUAUUUCAAGUCCCAGAAGCAAGAAGGAGAAAAUAAGUUGUUUAUCCUUGACCUAUGCUGGGUGAGAGGGUUUCCAAUAGUAAGGUGAGAUACUGGGCAUCUGCUAGGACUCUAGCUUCCUUCCACCUCAAAUGCCAAAUAGAGCAUAGCCAACUUCAUAGGUGCAGAUAAGAUAGGUGCAGAAUUUCUUUCCUUCCACAUAUCUGCAUUAUUUCACAUUGCUACAGCUUACCCAGGGUUACAGAGCACUUUGAAGAUUCAUGGAAUGAGUAGCUAAACUACCUUUAACUUUCCCAUCUAGAAGCAAAAAUGUUCACCCAGGCUUGGGGUGACCUCCCAUCUGAGGGGAUGGUGAGGCUGAGUAGUUGGGGUGAGACUGUCUGCAGUGCCCUCAUGGGCAUUGCCAACAAGAUAAAAAUAUCCCUGAGCAUAAUUUUAAAAACAAAAAGAUGUGUGGGAUGCUUUCCUACCCAGCUUAGGGCAAAGAUCCUGCAUGCAGGGGACAGUACCUGGAGGAAAUCCCUGAGGUGCAGGAGUGCUGCAGGGAGGGUGGCUUUCUCACCAGCACACCCUGCACCCACAGGGGUGGCAUUGCACAACCCUGCCAUCCUGCUCGAGUGGGAGCUGUGCUUCAGCUUUCCUGGGAAAUACUCAGGAUUCACAGACUGCAGCUUAGAUACAGCUUCAACCACCAUCAAAGCACCUGUGGCCUGUUCCACAGUGUUAAAAAGAAAGAUGAUUUUUUUCUCCUUUUUAGAGAAAUUUAUUUUUGUAGCAGCUUUUGCAUGGUACUGUGAUACUGAGUAAAUUGAGCAUCUUGUUAGAAUAGAUCAUGGCACACCAGCUACUAUUGUUGAAAUGCAUUGCUAGAUUUUAGUGUGUCCAGCAAGUACAACCUGAAAGAUAGAUACCUGGCACACACAUGCACACAAAGCCCCUUCUUGCCAAGUACAACUUAAAUCAUUUUGAUACUUACUAACUGCACAGCUAUUUGCAACACCUACAGCAUUGUCAUCUUUCAUUCCACCUUUAUAAUUCUGAUACAGUGAGAUCACAGACUCAUGGGGUGAUUUGAGUUAGAAGGGAAAUUUGAGACUAUCUAGUCCAGCCCCCACUGCCAUGGGCAGAGACACUUUCCACCAGCCCAGGUUUCUCAGAGCUUCAUCCAACCUGGCCUUGAACACUUCCAGGAAUGGGGUAUCCACAGCUUCUCUGGGCAACCUGUUCAGUAUCCUACCACUCUCACUACAAAAAUUCUCUUCCUUAUGUCCAAUCUAAACCUAUCCUCUUUCAAUUUAAAACUGUGGUCCCCUGUCCUUUCACUACAGACCCUGGUAAAAAGUCUCUCCAUUUUUCUUAUAGGCCCCCUUGAGGAGUCUGCUCUUCUCCAGGCUGACGUGCUCCAGCCCUCUAAGAACUUUGUGGCCCUCCUCUAGACUCACUCCAAGAUGUCCAUGUCCUUAUUUUCCCCAGAGCCGGAUGCAGCACUCCAGGUUGGGUCUCACAAGAGCAGAAGGGCAGAACCCCUGCCCUUGCCCUGCUGGGCACAGUGCUUUGGAUGCAGCCCAGGAUACAAUUUACUUUCUGGGCUUUGAGCACCCAUGUCCAGCCUCUCAUCCACCAGUAUUCCCAAGUCCUCAGCAGGCCUGUUCUCAGUCUCUUUAUCCCCCAGCCUGUAUUCAUACCACAGGUUGCCCCCACCUAUGUGCAGGACCUUGCACUUGGUCUUGUUGAACCUGAUGUUCACAUGGCCCCACUUCUCAAGCCUGUCCAGAUCCCCCUGGAUGGCAUCCCCUCCUUCCAGUGUACCAACUGAACCACUCACUUGGUGCCAAUCCACAGGCUUGCUGUGGAUGCACCUGAUCCCACUGUCUGUGUCAUUUAGGAUAUUGCACAGUAUCAGUCCCAACACGGACCCCUGAGGGACACCACUUCUUACUGACUGCCAUUUGUACAUUGAGCUGUUCUGGAUGCAACCAUCCAGCCAAUUCCAUAUCCAGCUUCCACCCAUCAAAGCUGUAUCUCCCCAGGUUACAAUGCUGUGUGGGACUAUGUCAAAGGCCUUGCAGAGUCCAGGUAGAUGACAUUAGCUGCUCAUCCCCCACUCACCAGCACA